AUGAAUUCUUGUACCGGUGACUACAUUCCCAGUCUUGUACCGAGGGACUACAUUCCCAGUCUUGUACCGGGGGACUACAUUCCCAGUCUUGUACCGGGGGACUACAUUCCCAGUCUUGUACCGGGGGACUACAUUUCCAGUCUUGUACCGGGGGACUACAUUCCCAGUCUUGUACCGGGGGACUACUUCCCCAGUCUUGUACCGGGGGACUACAUUCCCAGUCUUGUACCGGGGGACUACAUUCCCAGUCUUGUACCGGUGGACUACAUUCCCAGUCUUGUACCGGGAGACUACAUCCCCAGUCUUGUACCGGGGGACUACAUUCCCAGUCUUGUACCGGGGGACUACAUUCCCAGUCUUGUACCGGUGGACUACAUUCCCAGUCUUGUACCGGGGGACUACAUUCCCAGUCUUGUACCGGUGGACUACAUUCCCAGUCUUGUACCGGGGGACUACAUUCCCAGUCUUGUACCGGGGGACUACUUCCCCAGUCUUGUACCGGGGGACUACAUUCCCAGUCUUGUACCGGGGGACUACAUUCCCAGUCUUGUACCGGUGGACUACAUUCCCAGUCUUGUACCGGGGGACUACAUUCCCAGUCUUGUACCGGGGGACUACAUCCCCCAGUCUUGUACCGGGGGACUACAUUCCCAGUCUUGUACCAGGGGACUACAUUCCCAGUCUUGUCCCGGGGGACUACAUUCCCAGUCUUGUACCGGUGGACUACAUUCCCAGUCUUGUCCCGGGGGACUACAUUCCCAGUCUUGUAUCGGUGACUACAUUCCCAGUCUUGUACCGGGGGACUACAUUCCCAGUCUUGUACCAGGGGACUACAUUCCCAGUCUUGUCCCGGGGGACUACAUUCCCAGUCUUGUCCCGGGGGACUACAUUCCCAGUCUUGUACCGGGGGACUACAUUCCCAGUCUUGUACCAGGGGACUACAUUCCCAGUCUUGUCCCGGGGGACUACAUUCCCAGUCUUGUACCGGGGGACUACAUUCCCAGUCUUGUACCGGUGGACUACAUUCCCAGUCUUGUCCCGGGGGACUACAUUCCCAGUCUUUCUUGUACCGGGGACUACAUUCCCAGUCUUGUACCGGGGGACUACAUUCCCAGUCUUGUACCGGGGGACUACAUUCCCAGUCUUGUACCGGGGGACUACAUCGCCAGUCUUGUACCGGGGGACUACAUUCCCAGUCUUGUCCCGGGGGACUACAUUCCCAGUCUUGUACCGGGGGACUACAUCGCCAGUCUUGUACCGGUGGGCUGCAUCUCCAGUCUUGUACCGGUGGGCUACAUCUCCAGUCUUGUACCGGGGGACUACAUCGCCAGUCUUGUACCGGUGGGCUACACCGGCAUGAAAGGUGUUUUGUCUGGGCCACGACCCAUUACAGCGAGUGCCGCCGGGGUCAGAGACCUCCGGCACAAUGUUUCUAAACACGCCAAGCGCUGCGAUAAUGUCAGGAGGA